AUGCCGGCGUCCAGUGGUUUUUCGCCAACGCAAUGGCUGUGGCAUUGGCUUUCCGCUACGCCAGCCUUUGCGCCUGUAACGGAAGCUGCGGAAAAGAUGGACACCGUCUUUGGCUUUAGCUCUGGCGAUUGGGCUUUUCAUUGGGUCGAAGAGAUGGAAAGAGCUACCCUGAACCCGGGUUCAGCAGCUUCCCAGGCCACGCCGGCGCAGACUGCUUUGGACAGCAAGUGGCCGCAUUUUCCUAAUGGCCACCGCUCCCUGGAAUUGGCACCGGCAGACCUUCUCCGUGCACAUGCGUGGUUGGAAGAGGCCGCUUCUUUCAAUGGUGCCGGUGGCUGGGAAGAAGACGAUUGGCUUCGCUAUUGGAUGGAGCAGGAUCCAGCCUUUGAGACUUUGCUUCAGCGCGCUAGGGAGGCUGACCAUGGCUGGAAUAUUGGUCAAUGGCUUUGGCUUUGGGUGUCGCAAGCUGACCGACCUCAGCCACCGCCGGCGCCUCCUUUGGGCACCGCGCCGCCUUUGGCUACCGGCAUUGGGCCGGACGCUUUCCCGCUCAGCCAGCACAAUGAGACGGUAAUCGUCCGGCAGAUUUACUGCCGUUCCACAUGUCAAGACUGCGGGGCUGGCCAUUGCGGGGUCGUCUGGCUGUGGACGCUCCACACAUUCUUCCAGGCGCACCUCUCAGAGUGUUUCGUCUUUUCCUUGGCCCAGCUUUUUGGCUUUGCACUGGCUUUGCGGCUUCUUCUGUGCGUCAAGCGCUUUUUUUUCUCUGUUUUCUUCCGCUUUUGCUUUUUCACUUUGGCCGACACAGGUUCUAUGGCCGACCCAGGGAGCGACAAUGGGCGAGGCCUUCUCGUGCAGCCGACUCCCUCAGACAAGCUCUCAGUUCUUUGGGAAUCUUUGAACCUUGAUUUCCCGGAAAAGGUUGACUCUCAUUCGGAGUUGAACCGCACCAUUCGCAAUUUUGGGUUCUUGGCUACUCCUUUGAGCAGUUGGAUCAGUGGUUGGAGUCACACGGUCUCCUGGACUCUGGCUCCGGGACACAUGCGGACCUUCGGUGUCUUUGGCACCGCUGCCCCUCCGUGCAGGGAGUACUCUCGCCUGAAACUCCUUCCUGGAGGCCCAAAGGCACUUCGGACUCCUGCAUUCCUGAAUGGCCUUCCCGGUUUGUCGGCAUCGCAGGCUCUUAGGGUCCAGGAGAGCCACCUUAUCUUUGUGCGUUGCGUUCAGCUGCUGCAUGUCAGCUUCUCUUGCGGCGCGCAAGUGUCGCUUGAACAGCCCCCCAACAGCAUGGCCUGGAUGGAGCCGAUUGCGACUAAUUUCUUGGCAGCCAUCAGUGCGGAUCUGGUCCAUGUGGCCGCUUGCUCCGUCGAUCUCGACAUGCACAAAGCCUGGCUUUUCGCCCUUUACGAGGCUCCCGUGGCCUCGCAGGAUGGGGCCGGCAUCCUCUCCACGCCAGACUGGAGCGACUGGCUCUCCGAGCAUUUCCCUGGCAUUUCUGUCUCCUGGGAAAUCUCCGCAGGGCAACCAUACUGCCUCCAGGCGCUGGCAGCGGUCUCACGUAUCUGCCAAGAUCGAGACUUAUCCUUGUUCACCUGUCUGGAACAGGGAGUGCCUACUGGCUUUGACGGGGACAUUCCGUUGUCCAAUGUCUUCCUGCCACAAGGAGGGGGCCAUCCUUUCGAGCAAUCACUUGGCAUUUGUCAUGGUAAUUGGUCCAGCGCUGAAGCGGAUCUUCCAACCCUGCAUGCCUUAGUGGAAGAGGAGAUCUCCAAUGGCUGGUUCUUGGAGCUAGAUUCUUUGGAAGCGGCUCAAGAGCGUUUUGGCGACAAGCUGGCCAUUGGAAAGAUGUCUAUCGUCAAAGCUGAAGGGAUUCUUUCCCUUUGCGUUGUCACUCUGGUUGGAGCGAACUUCUCGGCCCUCUGGUUCCAGCGACUGGGAAGCUUUUUCCUUCGCACUCUACACCUUUGGACCUGGCUCCGACACGCCCUGUUGGGCUACGUGGACGAUUUUAUCCUGUUUCAGGACCAGGAGGUCAUUGGCCUUACAGCGUGCAUGACAUUGGCUUUUUGUGCUUUGUUCAACAUACCCCUGUCCAAUGCCAAGUUACAGCUUGGCAGCUGUAUCCACUGGAUAGGCUGGCAUUUUUCUUUCGGCUCUGGCACUUUCUCCAUUCCGAUUGAGAAAGUCCAGAAGCUAAAGCGCUUGCUGCAGGAAGCCUUACAAGGUCGCCAUGUUUCAAAACGGACCCUGGACAAGGUCACCGGGUUGCUGCAGUGGUUUUGCAAGCUGUACAAGCAUUUUAAGCCCUGGUUGCAAACCCUGUACGCUGAUGCGAACCGUCCAUUGGCCACCAACUACAGCAUUGACCCUGGCGAUUGGCCCGGCCUGGCCAUUUGCGUUAACGAGGGUCUUGUCUUCACUUCCACGCCGCCGGGAACGAGCAUUCCGACAGGCGCUAAGCUCAUUGAAGCCAGGCACUUGGCCCUGCAGUCUAAGAAAGACCUUGCCAAAAUUCCCACCUCCAAGCGCAUUUGGAUGAGAGUGACGGACCCCUCCACCACUCGCCGCAAGCUUUCAGUUUCCAGCCGUGAGAGCCUUCAGUUCUGGCUUAAGUGGUGCGAGGUUCCACCCCUUUUCUUUCCUUUGCAGAAACCUGCGGACGUUCCCAUUGUCUGCGCUUCUGCCGACGCCCGCGCGGAUGGGGACCUUGUCGGGAUAGGGGGUUUUAUCGAAUGGCCUUCACGCCAAAUUUCGUGGUUCAGCCAGUCAUGGCGUGUCCCAGACCUUUCUUCACUGGGUGUGCCUUUGCAGGUGCCAGCUCACCAGGACAUCACAUGUUACGAGACAUUGGCACAGCUUGGCCUCAUUCUUUGUCUCCAUUCCGUGGUGCCCUUGGCACGCUGGACAGUCCGUCUCCGCACUUUGUCCGACAACACAGGCGCAGAGGCAGGCAUCAAUAAGCUCUACAGCUCGGCUUUUCCUUUGUCGGUGUUUCUGAAACGCCUGUCCAUGUUGGCGUGCAUGACUGGCAUUGAGCUUGACGUCUUCCACGUACCCAGUGAAAAGAAUGACGAUGCGGAUUUGCUCUCCCGCUGGAGUGAUGAGUCCCAGCCCCUGCCUGCCAAGUUUCUUCCGGACUUUCGUGUGGACUGCAGCCUGGCACGCAUCUGGCACUUUCGUUCCGAUGUGCGUCUUUGGCCUCCAGAUGCCAAGCUCAAAUGGCCUGCCGAGCCAAAAGGAAUGCCACCGAAUCCCCAAUGGGGUAUGGAGAAGCUCAAGGAGAGUAAGAAGCGAAAGGAGCCGGAGAUCCAGCGGGAUUUCCAAAGGAAGAGCUCGAGGAAGCGAAAAAGCGUGAAGAAGGCCAUGGAGGCAAAGGCCAAGGCAUCGAAGAAGCGAGGAUCAAAGGAUCCUAAGAAGAAGUCGGAGAAGAAGGAGAAAAAGGAGAAGAAGGAGAAAGGACCAAAGGGCGAGAAGAAGACCAAGAAAGAGAAAAAGGAGAAAAGGUCCAAGAAGAAGGACGAAGCCCAAGGGGCUGGCAUCAAUGCCGAGGGAUUCAUCCGUGAGGGCGAAGAGCCCAGUGAAGCCAGUAGACGCAUCUCCGAGACGAGCAAAGAAACGCUCCAGUUCUUCGAGUACGUCAGCUCAGUGGAAUGGCAAUUGGCACCGGUGGAAUCUGCCGCAGAUGCAUUCGGCCAAGCUUCCGCUUGCGGCAUUGGUGGUUGGCUGCGCUUCCUUAAUGGCCGCCUGAUGUGGUUUUCUCAGGCUUUUACAGUCCAGGACUUCACACGGCUCGGCCUGCCCAUGCAAGCGGACGCAAACCUGGACAUAUCCUCCUACGAAACGCUGGCUCAGUGCUUUGUUCUUUUGUGCUUCUGGAAGCGUAUGGGUGGUAGCCGCUUGGGCCUGAAACUUCUUGCUUUAAUUGAUAAUAGUGGAGCCGAAUCUGUGUGUAACAAACUGUACACCUCCAAAGUUCCACUUAAUCUUUUUGUGUGGAAGCUGUCUAUGUGGAGCGCGAUCACCGGCAUCACGUUGGAUUGCAGCCACCUGGCCGGGGAAAAGAAUGUCGAGGCCGACCUGCUUUCGCGAUGGGAUGGCACGACAGUUCUCCCACCUCAGUUCAAGGCUGAGAACCGCUUUCAAGUUUCUCUUCAGGAGUUCUGGCAGAUGCAAUUCAGUGUUUCUCUUUUUCCCGCAGACAAGCGUCUGCUGUGGCAGCUCCCAGCUGUACACAUGGUGGGCCCGUCCAAUAGGGGCUCCCAUGUUCGUAGACAUCGCCGUCACCUCACUUUCUGUCCUGGGUAA